CCGGGCGCCCGCGCACCCUCUUCCCUUGGUGCUCCGCGGCCGCUGCCGCGCGUUCCCCGAGGGCCCGUGGAGUUGCCGGCGGUUCCCGAAGUUUUCCCGGAGCUGUGGGAUGGCGGGCGCCGCCCACUGCUCCCUGCAGGCCAAGCGCCUGCUCCUGGACCCCAAGUUCGAGGGAUACAAGCUGUCUCUGGAGCCGCUGGCCUGCUACCAGCUGGGGCUGGACGCGGCUGUAGCAGAAGUGCAGCUUCGUGAUGAUCAAUAUACCCUUGACCACAUGCGUGCUUUUGGCAUGUAUAAUUAUCUUCACCUUGACUCCUGGUACCAGGAUAAUGUCUACUAUGUUGAUCAGUUUGGAAGGAUUAUGAAUCUGUCAGUGACUCUGGACACUGCUCUACAAAAACCAAGAGAAGUUUUCAGGCUACCUACAGACUUGACUGCAUGUGAUAACCGCCUUUGUGCCUCAAUGCAUUUCUCAUCCUCCACAUGGGUUACCCUUUCUGAUGGUACAGGAAGACUGUAUUUAAUUAAAUCAGGCAAGCGUGGAAGCAGUGCAUCUGAAAAGUGGGAGAUUGUGUUUAAUGAAGAACUAGGAAGUCCAUUUAUUGUGGCACACAGUGUUUCAUUUGUAAAAUCAGAUGCACAUUCACUAGCUGUGCUGCUGCUUAGGGUAGAAAAAGAUGAACUGGACACAAAAGGAAGUGGAUUUCAUGUUACCUUGGAGUGGGUUACAAUUGCAGAAAAGAAAGAGGGUGAUCAAAGAUAUGAAAUUGUUAAAAGGAGAGUUUUGCAAGGAAAAUCAGUCCCCCAUUAUGCAGCAAUAGAGCCAAGUGGGGAUGGUCUAAUGAUUGUUUCCCACAAACCAUUCACAUUUAUGCAAAAUGAAAGUGACAAAUUAGAAGAAAAUGAUGAUGCAAAAGUAUCAAAUGAAAAGAAAGACCCUCUCUACUACUGGCAGCAGACUGAAGAUGAUGUGACAGUAACAGUUCACCUGCCUCAAGACAUCACUAAAGAUGACAUAAAAAUACAUUUUUCCCCUGAUAAUAUAUGUGUUAUGCUGAAAGACCAGCCUCCUUUAAUGGAAGGAAAACUCUAUUCAUCUGUGGACUAUGAAAGCUGCACAUGGAUAAUUAGAGAGGACAAAAGUCUGGAAAUUUCUCUGAUUAAGAAAAAUGAGGGAUCCCGGUGGCCAGAGCUAAUCAUCGGUGACACAAGAGGGGAAUUUGUUAUGGGCUCUUCCCAGUGCUCCGAAAUAUCUGAAAGCCUGAUGCAUCUUACCUCUGAAGUAAUGAAUCCAAACCCUGAAAAGGAAAACCCACCUUGUAAUGCUCAAGAAUUAGAAGAAUGUGAUGCUUUUCUUGAAGAUGGUGCAAGCUUGUGCAGAUUUGAUGGCGAUACCUUGAAAGUCACUCAUAUAAUUAAUCUUGGAAGCAACCAGUAUCUUUUCUCAGUUGUUGUGAAUCCCAGAGAAAUGCCAUGCUUCUGCCUGAGGCAUGAUGUUGAUGCUCUUCUCUGGCAGCCUCACUCUGACCAACCAGAGAAUAUGUGGGAACACAUUGCAACUUUUAAUGCUUUAGGUUAUGUCCAAGCAUCGAAACAAGACAAGAAGUUCAUGGCUUGUGCUCCAGAUUACUCCUACGCUGCUCUUUGCGAGUGCUUGCGACGAGUUUUCAUCUAUCGCCAGCCGACUCCUCUGGCCACAGUUCUCUACAACAGGAAGGAAGGAAGACAAGUAGGGCAGGUUGCUAAGCAGCUGGUAGCAACCCUGGAAGCCAAUGAUCCUAUCUUAGGCUUUCAAGCUACGAGUGAGAGAUUAUUUGUUCUCACAACAAAAACCUUGUUUUUAAUAAAGGUGAACUCUGGAAAUUAAUUAUUCAGUGUGCUCUGCUGUAAUUUGUGUUAACAAUUUGUUAUAGAACUGGUUAGGUAGACAAUCUGAUGAGUUCAGUACAAUUUGCUGAAAAUCAAAAAGGGGAUGUUUUACAAGGGAAUCAAAUUUCUUCAUUAGAAUUUUUCUGUAAGAAAUUGAGAGUUUUUUGACUUUGCUGCCAUGGAAGUAAGCUUUUUCAGAGCUAUGGAAAAAUGUCUUCUGCAUUAACAUCUUUGUCAAAGUAAUUGUCAGAGGCUGCUAUUGCAUAGGUGAAUAGAUUAAUGCAUUGCUUUUUCCAAGUGACUUUAUUCUCUGUACUUCUGAGUUUUGAGAAUUCACUUCUGGUUUUAAAUGCCACUGUUUACCUCUGAAAAAAAUAGUCAGAUAAAGAGUUACAAGCAUAUGAUAUGCAAAGUAGAAUGUAUCAUAAAGAAAAAAAUCUCCAGUUCAAAUACUGUUAACCAAAAAACUGAUUUGAUAUUUUGACAUUCAGUAGUUUUGAGUGAAAUGUGAGUGAAAUGAAUGGGUUAUUAUGUUUCUUCUACAGGUAAUUAAAUGGAGCAGUUUUAUUGUUUAUGCACAUAUUAGAUUAUUGGUUUGGAUAUUUAUUUAUCCUUGCAGUAAAAUCUGUUCACAAUUCUAGAAUACACUUUAGUACCUUUUCCAGAAGCAAAGUAAGGGUCAAUGUAUAGCUGGCAAUGAUACAUCGAGUGCUAUUAGUUAAGGUCUUGUUAUACUCUCAGUUGUGCCAUUUUCAUUUGACUUUAUACUUCAUUUCAAGUGACUCAUUUACAAUGAGAAAAUGGCUGACAGAAAAAGGACCAGUGUUCUAACGUGGGAUGGGAAACUCAGAGGUGCUGCUUCUUCCUCAGAUGCCACUGUAAAUGCUGCAUUGUCACUUAACUGUUCUGUCUAUGAUGCACAAGUCAAAACAUGGUGUAUUUGCAAUGUGAGAGUACUCAGGGCAAUGAGGAUGCUUUGGUGUAACAAACUGGUAUGGUUAAUUGAGUUGAGUAGUUGUAUCUGAAGAUUUUUGUUUCUUACUAUAAAUUGGCAUUGUGAAUACAUUUAAACCAAAGAGUCAGUUGUGACAGCUUCACCCUGGGUUAGGCUUUUUUCAUAGUUGGCUUACAGAUCCGUAGCAAAGAAUGCCUAAUAUGUUGUGUACUGGCAGGAAACCUGCUGUCAUCUGUGGUACCAAAGUACUAAGACACAAAUACAAGCAGCCUUUUAGUUUGCAUCUCCCUACCAAUAUUAUUUCAGAACUCUAAGGAUCUGUUGAGAGAAGAAUAAGUGUUUCUUUAGUUGUGAUUGUUUUGACUGUCCUGGAAAUUCUCCGGAUUUGUAUCAGUGAACUGAUUAAAUAACAAGAGGGAGGCAAGCAAUUGUGGCAUGCAAAAACCCUCCAAAUGCAGAAGCCUUUCAAGGAACCUGAUUUUCCUUCUCCUUACAGCAGGAUUGUAUUGUAUAUCCAAUAUUGAAAAGCUUUUCUUUACUUUUACCUGGGCGAGUUAAAACAUACUGGAUUUGUAAACCUCUUUUCAUUCUGUCCUUUCAAAACUGUCUUGAAAAUGCUUUUUGAGAAGACUCAGUGAAUGUAUUACUGUUGCAUGACUGUUUUGCAUCUAAAUUUUAUUGUUGGCCAAUAGCGUCAAACAAGAUGGUAGAAUUCCUUCAGAGGCCCUAUAGAAAAGAUUUUAUAUAGUUUAUUGCUUUGGAGCAUAAAUUAAGUGCUUUUCAAUGUAUAUGAAUAUUACUUAGUAAUCUGAGGUUUAAUCUUUGGCAACACAGAGUUAAGAACAUGUAAUAUUUGGGAAAUGGAGGAAUGAAAGAGCAAAAGAAUCAUAGUCAACAUGCUUUUGUCACCUCUGGUCUACUGCAGGUAGCUUCAAUAUAGAUGAGAAUUUCAGCUGUUCUUUGUCAAAUUCUUCUUGCUGUGAGUUACGUGUCUGGAAACAUGCUCUGCUGUCUCCUGGCACAGAGGGAACAAAGUCAAGUAAAAUGGUUACCUCUUCAAAGGUAUUACAAUAUGCAAAGACUAGAACUCACAUUCCAAAUGUGUGUCUGUUUCAAGAGAGUUCUUGUUUGCAUCUGGAAAUAACUGAACACGGGGAAAAGGUUCAUCCUUUUUUCCAUGUUACUCAUCUGUAAUCAUGGUUACCAGGAACAACGUAUCAAGUAGUCUCUCUCUUAUUUUGCUUCUAUGAGAAUCAAGGAUAUUUUAUUAUUUAAAUUAUUACCUUGAGGAAUCUGCACAGCAAGCUACUAUGCACCCGAGGAAGGGCAAUCCCAAGCACAAAAGGAGGCUGGGCAGAGAAUGGACUGAGCCGCCCUGGAGAAAAGGACUUGGGGGUGCUGGUGGAUGAGAGGCUGGACAUGGCCCAGCAAUGUGCACUGGCAGCCCACAAAGCCAAAGAUGUCCUGGGCUGCAUCAUGUGAAGCACAGCCUGCAGGUCCAGAGAGAUUCUGCCCCUCUGCUCUGCUCUGGUGAGACCCCACCUGCAGAAAUGCAUCCAGAUCUGAGGACCGCAACAUAAGAGAGACAUGGACCAGUUGGAGCAAGUCCAGAGGAGGGGCACAAAGAUUAUCAGUGGGUUGGAGCACCUUGUCUGUGACAACAGGCUGAGAGAGUUGGAGUUAUUCAGCCUGGGAAAGAGAAGGCUCUGGGGAGAUUGUAGAGCAGCCUCUUAGUACCUAAAAGGGGCCUGCAAUAGUGGUGGAGAGGGGUUUUGGACAAGGGCAUGUAGUGAUAGGACUAGAGAUAAUGGCUUUAAACUGAAAGAGAGUAGAUUAGAUUAGAUUAGAUUAGAUUAGAUUAGAUUAGAUACUGGAGGAAAUUCUUUACUGUGUGAGUGGUGAGGCACUGGACCAAGUUGCCCAGAGAAGUUGUGGAUGCCCUGCCCCUCGAAGUGUUCAGCACCAGGCUGGAUGGGGCUUUGAGCAACUUGGUCUAGUGCAAGGUGUCCUUGCCCAUGGCAGUGGGGUUGGAACUAGAUGAUCUUUAAGGUCCCUUUCAACCCAAACCAUUCUAUAAUAAUUAAAUGGCUGCAAGCCACCAGGAGACACUCCCUAUGAGCAUUUCCAUUUCUGUGUUCAAUUACUCUUAAGGCUCAUUUGUUCAGAUUAUCUUAAAUAGGCUUAUACAAAGUAUAAAAUGUGGAUAUUUUAAAGAGAUGGUUUUCUAACAACCAUGCUUCAAUUUUUCUAGGAUUUUGUUUCUUGAAAUCUUAUUUUUUCAAACAGUUCUUCCUGAGACAUCCCAAUCACAAUCUGUUUACAGAAUUUCUGAGAAAAUAUUUGGCCAUUACAGGCUUAUUUGGCUGUUACUGCAUUACUAGAUUUUAUUAUUCUUUUUCAGUGCUUUCCUUGGCUGCAUGUUUGGAAUGCAUCAUGUAUUCUUCUGCAAGUUUAAAUAAAUAGAAAAAAAAGUUAAAAUUUAAAAAUUAUUUUAAAGGAUUUAUGUUAAUUUCAAAUGUGUGUCCUUCCUAUGCUACUGAAAUAAAAUAGAAAAAUAGAAAUAAGAAAUUACUUAAAAUAAGACUUGUGUUAAGGAGCUGUGUGCUAGGACAGAGUUCUAACAGGUGUCUGUGCUGCAGGGCCAGGGCUGUUGCACUAUUGCACUCCUGGUUUAUCUCUGUGAAAUCCCCUGUACAGCCUUACUAAUGUUUCAUGUCUGCCAACACACAAAUGUACAGAGGUAGUUACUGGAGGGGGUUGAUAAGUAUUCAGCUGUGUUCUUCUUGUGUUAAAGUGCACACACUGUGCCUCUUACCCUGUGUCUUCUUUAUGUACAAAACCCGAAUGGUCUGGGCAAGCCCUUCUAGAUGGAAGAGAGAGAGUCUGUCCUUCCUUCCUCUCCCGCUACCUCAACGUGGGUGCUUUUUCACAGGAAAGUGAAGGAAAAGAGGAAGGAUUUGGUCUGUAUAUAUGCCCUUUGUCAUAAAGUGGCUCUUCAUUAAUGAAACAACGGAUCCUGUGUGAGUAACUAGUUUAAAGCUUUUAUUUCAGUUUUUUGUGCUUUGUUUCAAUAAUGGGCCACUAGAACUUUUUAAUUUCCUGGCCUUCUGUCAGGUUAUGUUUUCUGUUCUCAUUAUGCACAUUAGAUGAACUUGAAGCCUGCAGUCAAUCACAUAUUAGCAUGUAAUAAAAAUUCUGGUUUAAAAUCUUGUGCCAUCAGUCCUAUGAGCCAUUUGUAACACAUUUCUGGAAAUCUGGUGGGAUUUGUUUCCCCUCUUCCCCAUGCAAUACAUUGUCAUUUGUGUUAUGGAUAAAAAUCAGCAAGGUCUAAAGAUAACUUGACAUCUUUGAGGUGGAAGAGCCAAGCAUCAAGCAAGCCUUUUGGUCAAGACUGUUGCAAUCAUUUCAAACUCAGGGUAUAGUCCCUUUGGCUUGGAGAAGUGUUUGCUGGAGUAAUAUUUUUUCGUUUAUAAAAGGUUUAAGCUACUUCUGAAAAACUUGCUUUACACAAAGAUGUUUAUCAUGAAGUGGUAGCUGGGUAUCAAUUAAAAUAGAUAUAAUUAACAGUUUAAGAUGCAGACCUGGAAAAUACUUACCAAUCUAAUACUCUAUGCAAAGUAUCCUUUACAAACCAUUCCAGUGCAUUUUUGCAUUCUAAUGGCAGUUGCAAGGAAUUGUCAAGAAAAAACACAGAAAAGCAAAUCCUAAAAAAUGAAUCAUUUUAGAACGUGACUUUCAUUACGCUGUGAUGAAUAUACGCUUUCUAGUGGUGUAUUCCACUAAUACAUGUAUUAGUGCGUUAGCUAUAUUCUGAAUAUGCAGGACUUGUGUGUGUACAUUUAUAUUUUCAUCUAUAUAUGCACACACCUGUAUGUAUUCAUACUGCCUUGAGGUACUGGGGAGGGUGGGGUGGCUUUUGGAGAGGAGAAUCUUUUAACUUUAUUGACAGCAAAGCUUGGAUUCUUUAUUAACAUGUUCAUGGGUCUGCCAUAUGCAUGCUGUAAUGUCAUGAUAACUGCUUUAUGUGAAAACAUCAGUCAUGACUCCUGUGGUGUUUUCCUCUGCUGAGGAUUAAAUAGGAGAUAGCUCAGUAUUUCAUUUUACCCAAACUUAAACAGGUCAGAGGCCAAGUAUUGAAUAGAUGCCCCAAGUUGACAGAAUUGAUGCAGAAGCAAUAAGCAUUUAUUUUUAUCAGAACAAGUGAGGUUUAGAGGGAAAAGAAAUAAGACCUACUGAAUACUAAUUCAGUCACUUUCAGCAUUGAAAUUGCAACUGAUUGGCUUUUAAUGAUUUUUCUCUUUAAAGUUAUUCAUUCUCCCCUUUGCAUGUGUCCUCUUUAAUAAAUACAGAAUACAUUAUGGUAAUACGAGGUUGAGCAAUUUAUGGGAAUUUGCUGAAUAACUGAAUUAUGCUUGUGUAUGGGGUAUCUAAAAUAUGGGCAUGAGGUACAAGAUGGAUACAUCCAGUCAUAAAGAGACCAGGAACUCAAGCUCUUGAUUUGAUCAAGGGCUGGUGACCAUCUGAGCAGAAAUAAAAACAGAUGCUUUGAAGACAUUUUUGUGAGUUGCAAUGUCAGAUUCUAAAAAGAGUAAAAACAUGGGAAUCUGUGCAGAAAGAAUCAUGAAUCAUAGAAUGGUUUGAAUUAGAAAGGACCUUAAGGAUCAUCUAGUCACAACACUCCUGCCACGAGCAGGGGCACCUUUCACUGGACCAAGUUGCUCAGAGCUUUAUCCAACCUGCCUUGAACACUUCUAGGGACGGAACAUCCACAGCUUCUCUGCGCAACUUGUUCCGGUGCCUCGCCAUCCUCACAGUAAAGAAUUUCUAAUCUAAACCUGCCUCUUUCAGUUUAAUUACCUUACCGCCUGUUCUAUCACUGCACGCCCUUGUCAAAAGUGCCUCUCUGACUCUCUCAUAGGCUUCCUUUAGGUAUUGGAAGGUGCUCUAAGGUCCUCCUGGAGCCAUCUCUUCUCUGGGCUGAACACUCUCUGCCUGUCUUCACAGGUGAAUAAGCUUGCUUAAGCAAGAUAAACAUACACAGGCUCCCUUUUAAAAUCUACAGAUAUAUGCAAUACUCCAUUCAAAGCAGCUGGAUCAAUCAGAAAGAGAACUUGUUUGUUACCAAGACCUCCUCUGUUGCCAUUUUCUUUGUAUGUGGCAAGGGUAACUCAUGAGUAAAACUGCAUAGGUAUUGGUGUGAUUGGCUGGAGUCACUCCUUUUGUCCUGUUUCUUACCUGGUGGUUGCUGCAGUCUGAAAAAUUCAGUUAAUAGUUAUAUAAUUAAUAGUUCUAUAAUUAAUAGUUAUAAGCUAUAAGAAUUGACUACUUUUAGCAACACAGUUGAGUCUCUUUGCACCCAAUGUGACAUCUGAUAAAAUCUGCCUUUUCACAUAAAACAAAUGAAGAAAAAAAUCCCACAAAAAAACCCAAACCCAAACAAACAAACAAACACAAAAAAACCCCGAAACACCUAAAACUCAGGCUGCUUUAUUGUUUCACUUUUUUUUUCUGAGAAGUACACCAAUAUUGUUUUUCUUUCUGCUCUUAGAAAACUUUUCCUGUGCUAUAAAGAACAGAUGCAAUAUCCUCAAAGUUUAAACCUCAUGUCUCUUAAUGCCGUGGGGACAGCAGGAUAUCUGUCACUGAUACAGUUGUGUUUCAGGGACAAAUUAGCAUGCAACUUGGUUAGACUGCCAGCUGUUCCAUUAGGAAGUGAGGAAAAGUGAAGUCAGGUUAUUUUAAUAGGUUCACUGUGUCUAUUUGCAUGGCUGCAUUCUCUGAGGUCCAGGCAAUUCAACAUACUGGAAGGUUCAGGUGCACAAACAGGGAGCUGUGAGCACAACAUUUCACUGUAUGAACCCAUCUGACGUAUCGACACAGUUUGGUGCUCUUUCUCACUUACCUGCAAUCACAAAUUAUUUUCUAUUGUCUGUUUCCUAUGAUAGCAGAAAUAAAUUAAUUUGCUGCAGUAUGUACUGUGGAAGGAAAGAGCAUACAGUAGAUGCUUGAAGAUAUAUUUCUAUUUCAGAUGUGAUUUAUACCAUGACAAAUCAGUUACAUGGUUUUGACUUCAAGAUAAUUAAUGUUUACAAUUAAUGAAUUCCCACAACUCACAUUUUCUGGUGGAAUUAUUCACAGAUUUGUAGGCACACAUAUGAGAACAUUAAUUCAGAACUGGGGAUAAUUAGCACUUCUCAUUAGUAUUUAAUUUUCAGUUGGUUAUUCUGCCUUUAUUAUGUGAACUAAAUUUCUUGAAACCUGUAAGAACUAGUUCACUUUGCAAUCUUAAGUGAUACUGACUAAGAAAGUGGAGCUUUGCUUCCUAAGUACUGGCAGUGAGUGGUCAAAGUCAACAAGGCCAGAGAGGACUAGGGAGAACUUCAUGGUGCUUUAAAAGCUACCUACCAAUGCAGAGGGAGUGCAGAUGCUUAAAUUCUACCACUUCUGGAUACUUCCUGAGUUUAGCAGCCCUCAUUGCUCCAAAGCAAGAUUAUAGCCUAGGAAGAAGCGUCCUGCAGACCCCAACCCCUCCUGCCCUACAGCUCUGCAGAGAUUCUGACUGUGUGAAUUUAAACAAUAAUGUGUUUGUACCAGUGAUGUCCAGCUAUGUCCAUACUCACAGCACAUUCCUCUGAAAUGUGUGUAGUUGGAUGUGAGAUAUAAAACAUGUAAUAAAGUGGUCAGGCCAAAGGUCAA